CUAUGACGUCAUUCAUUACACAUUUUAAAAAGUUGUAGCCGUAUGGGAGCCUUUAGCUUGCCAAAAUAAGGAUGCAAGAAGCUCCAUAAUACAAUAUCCUCAGUCAGGAGACUCUGGUUAAUAGGCUUCAUCGCACAAGGAAGAAGUGGUCAGAAUCUAGACUGGAUGGUAAAACUGUAUUAAUAACUGGUGCUAACACUGGAAUUGGCAAAGAAACUGCAAGAGACCUGGCAAGAAGAGGCAACACAGACAAACGGCCUAGGGACACCAGGAACCAGCCCUGAAAACACCUCAGAUGAGGAUCUUGAAGACUCAAUUGUGGAAGACCCAUCACACUCAAACCCUCCACCAGCACAGACACACACCAUGGUGGGAUCUAGAUCUACAGCAGGCUCAGUGAAGCAGUCUGGUGAGCACAGGACAGAUUCUGGAGCCCUGGUUAUCAUGUCAUGCAGAGACGUAGAGAAAGGUGAGGCUGCAGCUAAAGAAAUAAUCGAGGAAACAGGAAAUAGUCAAUUAGUGGUGAAGAAGUUGGAUUUAGCUGACACCAAAUCUAUUCGGGAGUUUGCUCAACAAGUCAACGAAGAAUACCAGCAGCUUAACAUUUUGAUCAACAAUGCUGGAGUAAUGAUGUGUCCUUAUUACAAAACAGUAGGUGGGUUUGAGCUGCAAUUUGGGGUCAAUCAUUUAGGUCACUUUUUAUUAACCUAUUUACUGAUUGAUUUGAUAAAAAAAUCCGCUCCCUCUCGUAUCAUCAAUGUCUCCUCUAAAGCACACAAAAUGGGAAGCAUUCAAUUUGAUGACUUAAACAGUGAGAAGAGCUACAAUUCAGUGAAAGCCUAUGCACAAAGCAAACUGGCCAACAUUAUGUUUACAAUGGAACUAGCUCGAAAACUUGAAGGGACAGAUGUGCUUGUCUUUACUUUGCAUCCUGGUGUAGUCCGGACGCAACUAGCCAGAUAUUUGAAUCCUGCAGUUCGGUUUGGGCUGGCAAUGCUGCGACCUUUUACCAAAUCUCCAACGAGUGGUGCAGAAACUACAGUUUAUUGUGCUGUGGCUCAAGGACUGGAGAAGGAAACUGGGCAAUAUUUCAGCAAUUGUGAACGUGCAACCUGUUCAUCGUCUGCCCAUGAUGAUGAGAAAGCAAAGAAAUUAUGGCAAGUAAGCUGCCAAAUGUUGGAAAUCGAUUGGCAGUGAAAACAUCUCUGACCCUUGACCUCAACAGCAUGUUAUAUAAAUGUUGAUGUUUUUAGGUUCAGUUUCUUUGUUCUGUUCGUACUCAACAAAAUUGAGGUUGAAUUUUAAUAAUACAAUUACAGUAACAUUAUUGCAAUUGAAAUGCAAAUGAUUUAACAUUCUCAAGAUGUACAUAAUGCAUUUUUACAUAUUAUACAUAAUACAUGUGUGUGUGUGUGUAUAUAUAUAUAUAUAUAUACACACACUUUUUAUAUAUGUGUGUAUAUAUAAUAUGUGUGUAUAUAUAAUUUGUGCUGUUAAUUCAUCUGUUCUGCUACAAAUGCUACGUGCAUUCAGAGUCUUUACUCCUGUCUUUUUACUUUUCUUGUAACGUCCAGUCUUAUCUGCUGGUGCACUCUUUGGUUUGUACACUCUGUCCUUUCCUGCCAAGCUCUGAUCAUCAUUUCCCUUAUUCCUAUUUUGCCCUCUUGCCUUCUCUUCUCUUUUUAAUUUAACACAUCUUCCAAAACUUGACCCCUUGCCCCCACCAUUUAGUUUAAAGCCCUCUCCACCACCCUAGUUAUAUGACUCUCCAGAAAACUUGCCCCAGUAUGGUUCAGUUGAAAAUCAUCCCAUUGGUACAGAUCCCACUCUCCCCAGUACUGAUGCCAGUGCCUCAUGAAUUGAAAAUGGACUGGCAAGGUGCUGCUGUGAAAUUCCAUCGUCACCAUGUAAAAAGUAAAACCAAUGGUUUAUUCAAAUAGUCUCAUCCCCAGGAUUUGGGUUAAAGUUAAGGUAAGCACAAGCGAGUAGAUCGAAGUCCUAAUCACAAUGCAUCUGGCAGCAGAGCGGGGCUUAGUGUAAACACACUGAACACUGGCUGAGUACUGGGCAGAGUUAGCAUGAUUUCUGGUUUAAGCUUGGCAUCCUAUCAAGUCUGCCUUCAAAAAUGACACCACUAUGAAGAAAGUUAGGCAGAAGGACCCAUUCAGCACCACUUCCCUCCCCUCAGUGGGGUCAGGUAGCCACAGAAACUGUGCUGAAUGCACCAUAUUCCUCUCCAACCUAGACUAUUUUAAUUCCAUGCCCAAAAAGAGGGGAAAAUUUUGUCUGCUCCUGUAUUUAUAUGUUACCUAAACCUUGGCCUCCUCUGUGACUAGUCCCUGCUGGGUUGUUACUUCGGUAGUUUCCUUAUUAAAGAGGAACUAAAAGGGAA